AUGGCUCUGUACAACAACGGGGCCGAAGUGCCUUCACCCCAGGAAGCUUCCAAUGGCUUCUCACAGCCUGGAGCCUCGGGAACGUGGCACAAGGGUGAGGAGGAAGCGCGCCUGGCAGAGCCCCCCCUGGUGAAGAAGGCUCACAGGGAGAUCCUGGACCACGAGCGCAAGCGGCGCGUGGAGCUCAAGUGCAUGGAGCUGCAGGAGAUGAUGGAGGAGCAGGGGUACUCUGAAGAGGAGAUCCGGCAGAAAGUGGGGACCUUUCGGCAGAUGCUGAUGGAGAAGGAAGGGGUGCUCACCAGGGAGGACCAGCACGGGCGCCAAAUCGUGAUAGAGAACCACCAUGGUGUGGAUGGAGAGGAGUACGCGGUGGAGUACCCCGACUCCGGCGAGGGCUGCCUGCUGCAGUGCGACUGCUCUGCCGAGUGCUACCGCCAGGACAGCGGCCACCGCGAGUACAGGCUGAAACGGCGCUCGAGCAGCUCCACCUCUCCUCCACCUAAGAAGAAGAAGAAGAAGAAAUCCGGGCACCGCCGGAGCCGCAAAAAGAGGAAACCGGGCACCCGCUUCCCCCCCUCCAGCUGCGACAGCUCUUCACCCAUCCGCAAGGAAAAGAAAAAGAAGACUGGAAAGAAACACAGACGCGAUAGGUCUGAGUCGGGGUCACGGAAGAAGAGAAGACACAGGUCCCGGAGCCCCAAGAGCAAACGGAAAGAGAAAAACAAAGAGCGCAAGAGGUCCCGCAGCGAGUCCCCGGCCUGGCGCUCGCACCGGCGCAGCUCCUGCAGCUCCCACAGCGCAUCGCUCUCCUCCGAUGGCAGCAGCUCCAAAUCCCCCGGCAGGCUGAGCCCCAAGCGCCGGCAGGAUGGCCCCAAGGGCAGCAGCGCCCGCUCCAGCCGCAGCCCGUCCUCGCCCUCGCCGCAGCGCUCGGCCUCGCCGCACCAGAACGGGCACAAGGGCAGCGCUCAGAACGGCCGGCACAGCCACGGCGCCGCUCCCCCGGAGCCCUCGGAUAGGCCAGCCUCGGCGUCCCCCUCUCCGCGGACUCACGGCAGGACGGACCCAGCCUCCUCCCCCCGUCCCCGGGGGGGCCGACACGGUGCCCGCAGCCCCCGGUCGCCCAGCCCGGAGCGGGGCAAGCACGGCCACCGGCACCGGUCCCGCAGCGCGUCCCCGCCGCGACACCGCGGCCAGAGCAAGGCCCGGCCCCCGGCGCCUCGGGAACCGGCCGGAGCCGCGCUCAGCCCCGCCGGAGACAGCAGCGACUCGGAGGGCUCGGAGGGAUCGGGAUCGCAUCCCUACCACCCCCCGCUCGGAGCCGACAGGAACCACGGAGCCAAGAAGGUGAAGGACAGGCACCACCGGGGCCGGCCCAACAGCAGCUCAGAGUCCUCGGCCAAGCACUCCCGGCACGCCUCGGAGCGCAGGAAGAGCCCUUCGCCCAGCCCCGGCCAGCGCAGCACCUCCUGGAGCUCCAGUGGGUCCCUCUCCAAGUCCCGCUCCCGAUCCCGGGACAAGAGAGCAGGACGCAGCCGGUCCCGCUCGCCCUCGCCCAAGAAGACAGCCAGCAGAGAGAAGGACAACGAGCCCCGAACACGUCACGGUGACCCCGAUCCCACCCGCGCCCGGCGCCGAUCCAGGAGCUACUCACCCAUCAGGAAGAGGAGACGUGACUCCCCCAGCUUCAUGGAGCCCAGGAGGAUCACGAGCGCUCGCAAACGUCCCAUCCCCUACUACCGGCCCAGCCCCUCGUCCUCCAGCUCGCUGAGCACCUACUCCUACAGCCGCAGCCGCAGCCGCAGCUACGACAGCUACAACAGCAGCAGCCGCAGCCGCAGCCGGACUCGCAGCCCCCCCAGCCGCUCCCGCAGCCCCCCCAGCCGCAGCCCCAGCUACAACAGCCGCAGCAGCUCCGAGAGCGCCGGCUUCUGA